AGCACUCGUCUCUUAUUCGUUUUCGUCGUUCGACUAAAACAAGAAACUUCAUCAUCAUGUCUGGAAGAGGCAAAGGCGGUAAAGGACUCGGGAAAGGAGGCGCUAAGCGUCACCGUAAAGUGCUUCGCGAUAACAUCCAGGGAAUCACCAAACCCGCCAUUCGUCGUCUGGCUCGCCGCGGCGGAGUCAAGCGCAUCUCCGGUCUGAUCUACGAGGAGACCCGCGGUGUGUUGAAGGUGUUCCUGGAGAACGUGAUCCGCGACGCCGUCACCUACACCGAGCACGCCAAGAGAAAGACCGUCACCGCCAUGGACGUUGUGUACGCGCUCAAACGACAGGGACGCACUUUGUACGGCUUCGGAGGAUAAAAAACGUCAACCACAAAAACCCAACGGCUCUUUUAAGAGCCACACAAACUCUCACUUAAAGAGACAAAGCAGUGUUUAAGUUAACGGUUUAAUAUAGAAGCUAUAAUUUCUAGGCUUGGGUAAAUUGUAAGUAGAACUAGAGAACAAUGAUAAACAAGUUACCCAAAAGUAUUCGCUUAAACACAAUACACGUAUCGAGGGUGUUUAUGCUGCUCUUGAGGUGUGCUCUUCUCUAUUUCAUCUGAGUGCUUAACCAUCUUAAAGAAUCGGUUUAAAACCCAUCUCUUCCAUCUUUAUUUGACCCUCUAACUUUAACACUCACUUUUCUAUUCUUAAAAAAAAAAUAAAAACAUAACUACUUUUCUAA